CACCAGACGCCAGUCGACGUUUCGUUGGGAACGCGACUGCUUGCGCCAAGCACCAUACAAGUUCAGUCCCAUAGAACCGUGGUUCAAUUCGUUCACGAACGAGUAAGUGAGUGUAAUUUUGGGAAUAGGAUUUUGAUAUCGUAGUGUCAUCGUCUCCCUUACGAUCCCUGAAUGGACUAGUGAAUAGCUGGCUUCUAUAUAAAUAAGUCGUAAAGCAUGAGUAUAGUUUCUUUGGGAAAUUUAUAGUAUUUUUGCAAUGGCGUCUGUGAAGUCAGUUGUUUGGACAAUCGGUGGGGUGUUGUGUCUUCUGGGGCAGAUUUUGGGACUGGACAAUGGUUUGGCGCUCACUCCGCCUAUGGGCUGGUUGGCAUGGGAACGGUUCAGAUGUAAUACCGACUGCAAGAAUGAUCCGGACAAUUGUAUAAGCGACCGUCUAUUCCGCACAAUGACGGACAUCCUAGUCUCCGAGGGUUACGCAGCGGCUGGUUAUGAGUACAUCAAUGUUGACGACUGCUGGCCCGAGCGGGAGCGGGACCCGAGGGGCCGCCUGGUGCCAGACAGGGAGCGCUUCCCGUACGGCAUGAAGAGUCUGGCUGAUUAUGUACACAGUAAAGGAUUGAAAUUCGGUAUCUACGAGGAUUACGGCAACUUUACAUGCGCAGGAUAUCCGGGUGUUGUCGGCCAUCUUGCUGGCGAUGCGGCGACAUUCGCGGCCUGGGGUGUCGACUAUGUUAAACUGGACGGAUGCUACGCUCUUCCCGCUGAUAUGGACCAUGGUUAUCCCGAUUUUGGAAGACAGCUGAACUUAACCGGCAGGCAAAUGGUCUACUCUUGCAGUUGGCCAGUCUAUCAGAUAUAUGCCGGUCUACAGCCGAACUUCUCGUCGAUAAUCGAGCACUGCAACCUGUGGCGCAACUUCGACGACAUACAGGACUCGUGGGCGUCCGUCGAGUCUAUCAUAGACUACUACGGAAACCACCAGGACGUGAUCGUGCCGAACGCUGGCCCGGGGCAUUGGAACGACCCGGAUAUGUUAAUCAUAGGCAACUUCGGUCUAUCGUACGAGCAGAGUAAAACGCAGUUUGCGAUAUGGGCGAUAUUGGCUGCGCCGUUAUUGAUGAGUGUCGACCUGAGGACAAUCCGGCCCGAGUACAAGGCGAUCCUGCAGAACAGGAAGAUUAUAGAAGUGGACCAAGAUCCUCUGGGAAUACAGGGAAGGAGGAUUUAUAAGCACCGCGGCAUAGAGAUCUGGUCGCGUCCGAUCCUGCCGAUCCAAGGGCAGCACUACUCGUACGCGGUCGCGUUCGUCAACCGGCGCACGGACGGCACGCCCUCAGACGUGGCCGUCACCUUGCGGGAGCUCGGCUUGAACAACCCCAACGGGUAUAGGGUUGAGGAUCUGUACGAAGAUGUUGAUUACGGAGUGCUGUCGCCGCAGACCAAGAUCAAAGUGAAAGUGAACCCCUCAGGUAGUGUGGUGAUACUCCGAGCGGACGCGCAGCCAUCGUUCGCGUACAACGCGAUACCAACGCGAACGCCUUACUCACCCCUCAAUGAUGUGUUUAGACUUAAAAAAUAGAUUAAAAAUAACCACCACAUAGUUUGAAAGCCAUCUUUUGCUAUAGAACAUAACCCCAAUAAUGUCUAUUGAAACGUGCCACUGGAAAGGGGUGUUUCAUUUUAGUUUGUGUGAUCAAAGUUGUAAUAUGUACCUACCACGGGCGAAGCCGGGGCGGACCGCUAGUAAAAAUAUAAAAAUAAAAUGAACAAUGGCGCGAAAUGAAAAUAGUGUGAACUGUCAAAGUGACAAAUGUCAACAUGACAUUUGAUACGUCGGCUAUUUUGUAAAGUAGUGUUGCCAUCGCGAAUAUUUUGAAGACCUAGUAAUUUAAAUUUAUCUAAAGUGAGGAAAAAUGAUAUUAAUAGAUAUAUCACGGUUUAUGAAACAUCACCUUUCAUCAAUAGAUUACAAUAACAUUAAAAUACUGUGAAGACUAUCGAGGUCUACAAGUACAAUAUAAAAAAAUCUUUAAUCUUAUGUUUGAUUUCUAAUUUUGUGUGAUAAGUUUAACGCAGCAUGAUGGAUCUCAAAAAGACAUCAGUUUAUGCUUCCCUUAUUUUAGGCAGAUUGAAGUACAUUUUUCAAGAUUUUUGUGUUCAAUAUUUAAAUCAAUACUUCAUUAUUUUUAAAAUGGAUUGAAUAGUUUCAUUAUUGGAUUUGAAUGAACUGGUGUGAUGUUACCAAGAGGGUCUAGCAACUUGCCUAGUUAAAGAUUAAUUAUUUAUGAUAUUUGCUACUAGUGUGAUUAUGGACAUAAUAAUGUUGAAUUGAUAUUGCCAUUACGUUGUACUUAGAAUAAGGAUGUACAUUGUGUGUGUCUUAAAUAUAAGGUUUUUUUAGAAAAUAAAAAUAAUUAACUUAAAA